AUGGCGAGCUACAAGGAUCAGGAGCUCAGCCAAGAAUUUGGUCGAAUCGAGUUUUACUCCAUCUCGACCUCUUCUACUCCGUACCUCGCAUCGCCUCUUCCUAGUUCUCUUGUCGCGCGUCUCUUCUCCUCGUCCUGGAAAGCGAUGGCAGGAGCUAAACGAAGGCUUGAUGCAAGCCACGGCUCAGUCACUCCUUCCACAAAUAAUACGUCGAUCCUUUACAGCAAAGAAACUGCUAGCAAUGAUUCUCCCAACACUCGUGUGACUCGAAACUUACGUUCAAGCCGGGAUGCGCGUGCUGGUCAACUUGAUAAUGCUAAGACUGCCAGCACUACUGCUAGCAGUGACACUAGCAAUCAAAAUAUCAGCGCCACUAACAAUACCACCCCCAAGCACGGCAGCAAUCGGCCGUCGCGCAUCAUAACGCUCAAAUAUAGCUCUGGCAAGGUCAGUUCCUCGAAGGAGAUAAACCGCGCAACGCCUGCAACUCCUCUGACUGCCACACCUGCCUCCGGUGCUUCCACCAGCACUCGUGAAACACGGAACAGCCGAGCACGGGCUGCCGCUGGCCCCCCUGCUGUUCCUGCGGCUCAGCCUAAUUCCAGCCGGACUGAUCCCGCACCUUCUGCCAUUGCGGCUCCCGAGACCCCUCGAACUAAGCGUGCCAAACGCGGUUCGGUGACCGAAGAAUCCCCCAGAAGUACGAGGCAAUCGACAAGACUGAGAGGUCAUGCUCAUGACACGCCCACAGAAAAUGGGGUCACCGACUCUAAACCAUUGGAUGCAAGCCCAUUGGCUCCUGGUGCCGCCAAUACCAGAACUAGAAACCGUAAUCGGCAUAACGUCGAUGCUGGUGCCAAUGUAUCUACUCGCAGUCGCCCACCAACCUCAGCCGCCAAAUCCCCACCGCCUGAAGAUACUGCCUCAGAAGCGGCUGAGGCGUCUAACCUAGCAGAUGUGGAGACUUCACAUACUGCAGAAUCUGCGUCAUCCGGGGGAGAAUCGCCAAAAGGGACUGUGUCUUCCGCUCAUCGGAACCACGAAGAGGAGCACCCAGCGGCUGAUGCCGAGGAGGAGUUCAAAGCAAAGUCGACCAGGUCUAGUCCAAUCAUGUCACGGAAACGAAAAUCUCUCGAUUCAGAUGAGCAAGGUGGUAUCUUUACUUCCAGCUCACCAACUAAGAAGCCGAAAGUAGAGGCAGCCGCGCUCGACCGUGCAUCAGAAUCAACACUCCAGAUUGGCGAUGAGCGUAAAUGGGAAGGUUCACUUAAUCAACCGGAUGAUGCUACCGCAUCCAAAGAGGAUGAAGGAUCCCGCCAACUAACUGAAGAGGCUGACGAUUCAACCACGCCGGACAACGUUGCUGAGUUAGCUACUGCUAAAGCAACCCGUGGAGGCCGCAAUCGGGGCCGAGGUCGAGGGGCGCGCAACAGAACUUCGGCACGCUUUGGUGUAAACAGGCGAGGACGUGGUGGCACUCGUGCUGCGCGGUCUGCGCGCACUGGACGUCAAAAUGACCGGUCGAGUGAUAUAGAAUUUGAACGGUCACCGUCCCCAAGUGCUGCCACUCAGAAAUUGAGAGACCGUCAGCGCGAGCUGGACAAGGCUUUUAGAAGGGUGGCCGCCGCGCAGCGAUUGGCCUUGGCAGUACUCGCUACGCAGUCUGAGAAGCGCAUUGCUCGCGACAAAAACGCGCAUAAAGCUGUUCCUGAAUAUGAGGAGGUCAGCUUGAUUUUGAAAACGCAUUUGCGUGAAAAGCAAGAUACUUUGAGACGAGAAUACGAUCUCAAGGUAGCACAAGAGAACAGGAUCUAUCAAGCCAACAAAGAAGCUAUUGAGGAGCGAUGUCGAGCGUCCUCCCGUUACAUUCAAGAAGAACAUCUUCUUGCAAGUCAUGGGGAGUACAUGACGUUUAUCGAAGGACGUCGCGCGGCUGAAGAUGACGAGCACACUGAGACCGACGGCUCUGAAACGGAAAAUGACCGCGGACGACGGGUUCCUGUUGUGCGCGAAGUAUAUAGAGGGUUUAAUUCCUCGUUCGUGCGUGACCCUGCUGGAGCAGCCGCAUAUGAACGUGCUGCUUUCGGCUGGGAUGACUUCGUUCAACGAGCCAAGCUCGGCGAUGAUAUCAAUCCACAAAUGAAGGAGAUACGAGACGCAGGUCCGUUCGCCGGACUCUCAGGAAGUGAGAUUAUCAACAUGUUGUUGGAAGCCACGGGGACUAUAGAAAUGCCAGAUGACGUUCCUGCGAAGGAGCAUCAUCCCCCACCUUAUGCAGAUGCGCGGUCCACCGCGCUGACAGCUCUGGCCGACCUUGCGGCGGCCGAGGUGCACCGGCCUGCUCUCCAGCAUACCCCCCGGCUCGCAGCUCAUCGUACCAUACUUCCUCAACCCUCUCAGCCUCAGCCUCAACCUCAACCUCAGCCACCGCCAAUACACCAUGCGCAUCCAGAGCCAAGGCCUUUCUUGCCGCCACCCACCCCUCGGGGCCAACCGAGGCGGCUCCUCCCUGCGGGACAGCAGAUUCCGCCGAUCAACGAGACGCUUGGCCUUCCUGACCCCUUCUCAUCACGCGGUGGACCACCUCAGCUUCCUCCUCCACCAGGGUCCAACUUUCAGCGGCCUCCUUUACCCGGCUACUUGACGGGGCAUCACCAUCCUAGUAUAUACUAUACGCCACCGCCGCAUCGGCCGCCGCCGCCGCCGCCGUAUUGA